AUGUCUCACUCCACCGGCAAAGAAGACCCUUCCAUCUUCCCCCUCACCGGCGGCUGCGCAUGCGGCAACAUCCGAUACUCCCUCAAUGCCCCGCCCAUGGUCGUCCACUGCUGCCACUGCACCUCCUGUCAGCGUGAGACCGGCACUGCCUUCGCCCUCAACGCCGUCGUCGAGGGAGACGAGGUGACCCUCCUACCGAGCAAGGCCUCUUCGUCCGCCUCACCGCUGCAGCCGCUGGCGUCGUUCCCGGAGUCUGCCUUUGAUGAUUGGACUCCUAGGCAGCAGCAGCGGCAAUCCAGGCCCGCCGACAAUGUCCACGGGACGAGCGAGAAUAGGGACAAGGGCGAUGAUGAUACUGGCGAUGCCGGCAAACGCCGCGUCGAGGCGGAUAUCCCUUCACCCGUGAUUCUCCCCGUCCCCGCCGACUCGGGCGCCCCUCAGCACAUUGCUCGCUGCCCCAUCUGUCUUACGCCCAUCUGGAGCAACUACGACGGCACAGGGCCGCUUAUGAAGUUCCUACGCGUCGGCACCCUCGACUCGCCUGCUCCGCUGGGCGGUCCGGAUGUCUACAUCUUUAUGCGCAGUAAGCUGCCGUUCGUCGAGGUUGCCGACGACGGUAAGCCCCGCUUCGAUGAGUUCUAUCCUACCAAGGAAGGCGUUUGGGGUCCCCAAGGUCUUGCGCGCCGGGAGAAGCUGCUUGUUCGGAUUCAAGAGUGGCGGAAGGAGAACGGGCUGGAUGGAUAA